GGUCACUAAUGACAUCACUAUUCAAUUCUCCCGGCUUCAUAUAUCUUAUCAUCAAUCUAGCAUUAACAAAGAAGAAAGAAAAGACAAUCUAAGAAACAGUCGAUCAUAACUGCAAAAAUGGAUUCAGAUACUGGGGAAAAAACAAGGUGCGCAGUUGUUACCGGUGGAAAUAAAGGAAUUGGAUUUGAGAUUUGUAGGCAAUUAGCUGCUAGUGGGAUUUCAGUUGUGUUAACGGCUAGAGAUGUAACCAAGGGUUUAGAAGCCGUUGAGAAGCUCAAGCAUUCAUUUGGACUUUCUAAUGUUGUUUUUCAUCAACUUGAUGUCAUGAAUCCUAUUACUAUUUCUUCUCUAGCUGAAUUCAUCCGAAGCCAGUUCGGAAAGCUUGAUAUCUUGAAGGAUCAGAACAAAGGGAAACCAAAUUUGAAACAAAUGGUAAAAGAGACUUACGAAUUAGCACAAGAAUGUCUGGAAACAAAUUACUAUGGUGUCAAAUCAGUGACUAAAGGACUUAUUCCUUUACUCCAACUCUCUGAUUCACCAAGAAUUGUUAAUGUUUCCUCCGGCGCUGGAAAGCUGAAGUAUAUCUCCGAUGAAAAGGCUUUGGAAAUGCUUAGUGACGGUGAUGGCUUAACAGAAGAGAGAGUGGAUGAGAUUGUCAACAUGUUUUUGAUGGAUUUCAAGGAAGAUUCCUUAGAAACAAAAGGAUGGCCUUUAUAUAUGCCUGCGUAUAAAAUCUCAAAAGUAUGUUUGAAUGCUUAUACAAGGAUCUUAGCAAGGGAAUUUCCUACUUUUCGCGUAAAUUGUGCAUGUCCUGGUUGGGUCAAGACAGAUAUUAAUUGCAAUACUGGAUUUCUCACAACAAAAGAAGGUGCGGAAAAAAUUGUGAAUUUGGCUCUUGUACCUGACGAUGGACCUUCCGGCUUGUACUUUACCAAUGGAGAAGUAACACCAUUUUAAUGCAUAAUGGGUAUUAGCAGCAAGAAAGAUGUCAUGUCUGCAUAUCAUAUAGCGCUUUCCGUAAAUCUGUUUUACACCAUUUAGAACUCCACAAAUGCAUCUUUUAGAGGGAUUGCACAUUAAAGUUUUACACUAUAAUACGGCACUUGUAGAGGCAAUGGUAAAUCUCUGAUAUGCUCGCUUCCUUGUGCAGUUUGAUGAGGCUGUUCUUCUGAUAAUUUUUUUUUUUUUUUGGUAUAUUAAUCAUAAAAUAAAAUAAAAUGUCAUGUCUACUAUCUCUACAAAUUAGAGAAUUAGCAGUGGUCUGGUAAUAAAAGAAAUAAGUUCGUCCUCGUACA